GCCGCAAGGGAGGGAGGCUCGACAGUUGAGACUAUGUCCGCCACAGUUGCUUUACUUUGUGCGUUUGUGGUGAUAGGAGUGCCGAAAGCAUGCUCUGAAUGCGUGGAAACAAGCGAAUACUAUGCUUCACUCCAGCCUGAGGGCAUUAAAACUGCAUCUGAAGGGGAAGUUGUUAAUCUUAUGUGCUCCACAAAUCUUCCACUCACUUAUCCAUCUCAAUGGGAGAUUAAUGGUUACAAGCACGAAAUAGUUCGUCUUCCAUAUGGCUUUACUGCCAAUGGGCUUAAUCUUAUAUUCAAUUUUGAAACAAGAGUGAUAAUUCGUUGCAUUUUCCGAAUUUCCUUAAGUGGAUCAGUUGCAAAUAUCUGCAGCAACACCACUACAGUUGUGCUAUUAGACAGUGUUCCAGAAAGCUGCGGAUCUGUACAAGUAAGCACUGAUACAGUCCCCAACAACACUUAUGCUUGCAUCAAGCCACACACAGCAAGUUGGCAAACUAGAGUGAUACCACUGCAGUCAGCUCCUGUUGCACAAACUCAUAUUCCCAGUGUCUCUGUUGCAAUUUCUCCAGGAUAUUCAUCUCAUCAAAAUAUUAUCGAUAUGAGGCACAAGAAUUGUCAUGUGUAUGAGGAGGUUAAUAUUUCUUCAAGUGAAAAUCCAGUUGUACAUCACAAUCCAGCCUAUGGAAACCCAAGGAGACUAAGGCUUGAAGAAAAUCCUGCUUAUGUUUCGACCCACAAACCAAUAGCAACAUUGGAACACACCACUUAGGCUCACAUUAUAAGUGGAUAAACCUAAAAGUCUGCAAACAGUAAUAUGCUUUGCAAGUAUGCUACUUUUAUUGUUGUAUCUUCAUUACGCUGCUUCUCUAUCUCCAGUGCUUACUUCCCUUGAUAGUGCAGUAUCAAAGUUCCCCAUGAGUUCUAUAUAUUACCAACAUGAUGAACUGGUGAAAGGGGCUUGUUCAUAUAAUAUAGCAGUCACAUUAUACACAGCCUAUGAAGUAA